AUGAACUUUACCCAAAAAGAUCCUGAAACUGUUUAUCAAAGUUGGGAAAGGUUCAAAGAUCUUUUAAAUGCUUGUCCUCAUCAUGGAUGGAGGAGCCAUCCAAAUUUUAGUUGGAGGGGUGACCAGCAUGUAGCUCCAGCAACCUUGGCUCCGGGGCCCUCUCAACUUGCAAUUCAAGCACCUCCAAUGCAAAAGAAGGGACUUGAGGAGACAGUGCAGCAGCUAUCAAACACCUUGCAGCAGUUUAUGCAAGGUCAAGCAACAAUCAACAAUCAAAAUUCUCAAGCGGUAAACGACAUCCAGAGAGCAGUUGAGAGUUCAAAUUUAAGGCAAGUGAAGGCAGUCACUACUUUGAGAAAUGGUAGGGUGGUGAACAUUCCAGCUCAAGGUUCAGACAAGUCUGAUAAGGUCUCUAAACCUGUUCAAAUUGAGGUUGAAAGGAGUGAGGUUGAACAAGCUGAAAUUGAAAUUGAAAAGAUUGCAUGUCCUGUACCCGCUCCUUUUCCUCAAAGAUUGGCUCCCCUACACAAAGAUGAACACCAAUCUGAAAUUUUAGAAAUACUCAAGCAAGUUAGGAUUAACAUUCCAUUGUUGGAUGCUAUUCAACAAAUUCCUACCUAUGCUAAGUUUCUAAAAGGAAGUUCAAAAAUUGGUCAAGCUUUGUUAGAUCUUGGUUCAAGUGUGAAUUUGCUACCUUAUAAUGUGUAUGAGCAACUAGGUUUGGGGGAUUUAAAACCAACUCCAAUCAUUUUACAACUAGCUGACAGAUCAAUUAAAAUGCCAAGGGGGGUUGUUGAGGAUGUCUUAGUUCAAGUGGAUAAAUUUUUUUACCCCGUAGAUUUUGUUGUGUUGGAUGUUCACUUGACACCAAAGUCUUCUUUUCAAGCACCCGUGAUUCUUGGGAGACCAUUUCUUGCUACUUCUAAUGCAUUGAUAAAUUGUAGGAGUGUUGUUUUAAAGCUGAGUUUUGGGAACAUGACCCUCGAACAGAAUAUUUUUAACAUUUGUAGGCAACCUCAAGAUUUGGAAGAUGUACAAGAGGUCAAUUUGUUGGAAAGUAUCCUUGAGGAAGAGGCUUAUUUGGCAUACCUGCCCACUAACCUGUUGUUUGAAUUAGAAAAUAUUUGUGACUUCAUCAUUGAUGACACCCCUAUUGAUGCUUCUACUGUUUUUCAUGCAGAAAAUAAAUUUGAAGCUAAAUGGAGGCCUAAAAUUGAGUAG